AUGCAAUUCUCACCGCCCAACGGAAAGGCUAUCCAUAUCCGCGCUCUUGACCCCUUAAAUCCCUCGAACAUUGUGGGAAAGGCCGUUCAAACCCUCUUAUCUCGUCAGAACUACUGCGCAGUCAUAUACUUGUUGGAAUGUUCUCAACGCUGUUGA